AUGAGAUACUUCUUGGCUGCGCUUUGCCUUUUUCUGGCUCUAUUACAGUAUGCAGAUUCGAUCGGAAUCAGACCCACUCAAUCUCUGGCUGUUCAAGGAAAGUUCAUGUGCAAAGGAAAGCCCGCCAAGGGUGUGGUAAGAGGAGAUCGGGGAGUAAAAUGCUCUUAGAAAGUGAAAAUCUAUGACCAUGACACGUUCACCUUGGACGAUAAGAUGGGGGAGACCAAAAGUGAUGCCCAGGGAUUCUUCCAUGUGACUGGGAAGUCGAAUGAAGUCACUCGAUUAACUCCCAAGAUGAAUAUGUAAGUCCAAUGCCAAGAUUAAGACCUUUUAGUUAUCACAAAUGUGGAAAACUCCUUCCAAUUUGUUACACCAAGUUCUCCAUUGGAAUCCCCAAGAAUUAUUUGACUUCUGGCUCCACUCCGAAGAAGACUUAUGAUGCCGGAACCUUCAAUUUAGACGCUAAAAUGCCCGGCCAAUCUACAGAUUGUCUCAACUAA